AGAAGCUACAUGGAGUCGGACCUGAAGAAAAGUCUGUGUAACUCGAAUGCUUCUCUUUCAUCUUUUCUCUUUAAUAUCUUGAGGCCAACAUAGCUACAGCAUCUGUACAACACUGUUAGUUUUCUGUUAGGUAACUUAUAAUACCUUUAUAGUUGGCAAUUCUUCUAUAGUACCUUUCAUCUGAGGCUCUCUGAGCACUUCACAAACAAAGCCUGUUGACAACCCUUAGAGGUAGAUAAGGACUAUAUAGGGUGCACUUCAGCUGUGGAAAUUCAUUCACCUCUUAGAUGGAACAUGGCAAUUGAUUAGCAGCACAUAGUAACGUGUCAGUUUAGCACAGGAAGUAGAUCCAAUUAAGUGAAAGUGGAGGAAGCAGAUGGCAACUAUCCAAAUUGGAUUGAACAUCCCUGAUUUUACAUAAAAUGUACAGGGAACUUUAACAACUGGAAAGAGUCAAGAUCUUGAUUUUUAGAUGUCCUCCAAAAGAUUACACAUCUGGCAGCACUGUGUGGCAUGGAUUCAUGAUUGACUUGUGGGACUAGUUCUGCUUACAAAAUCACUGGCAACACUCCCUGCAGCACUUGCUCAAACUAACCCUGCUUAGUGUGCGAGAUCUGAGGGGGAUUGUAGCAUAGCAUGGUAAGGCUAUAGGCAUCUGUCUACCUGAAACCAAUAGGUCGUUCCAUACAUCUUCCCACCCCAUAACUCUUAGGCUGGCUAGCAUACUGGGUAGAUGGGUGUAGCAUAUGCAUAGAUUGAGUGGCAGCAGUUGGACACGUGUUUUAGUCUUGUGUGCAAAAAGGGCAUCUGAAGUUUAACACUUCACUUGAAUAAAACAAAUGGAAAUCUAUGGAGAGAACUGCUCUGAACACUAGUCUUGUGAUUGUCAGGUUUCAUGUGUGGCACAUCAGUGUUGGAUAAGGAUGGCGUGAGUGCAGCUGUGGUUAUAGCUGAAAUGGCAUCUUAUCUGGAAACCAAGAACCUAACAUUGGCACAGCAACUAACUGAAAUAUAUGAAAUGUAUGGAUAUCACAUUUCAAAGACCUCCUAUUUCUUGUGCUAUGAACCUCCUACUAUCAAAAGGGUAUUUGAAAAGCUUCGAAAUUUUGAUUCCCCAAAAUCUUAUCCAAAGUCUUGUGGCGCUUAUGGUAUAUUACACGUACGGGAUGUUACUACUGGCUAUGAUAGCAGCCAGCUUAAUAAGAAAUCGGUGUUGCCUAUGAGUAAAAACAGUCAAAUGAUCACCUUCACCUUUCAAAAUGGGUGUGUUGCCACCCUCCGGACAAGUGGAACUGAGCCAAAGAUCAAGUACUAUGCAGAGAUGUGUGCGCAGCCUGAGAAGAGUGACAAAACCUUUCUGGAAGAACUACUACAGAAAGUCAUUGAAGCUUUGAUUGAGAAUUUUUUGGAGCCCAGUAAGAAUGGACUGAUCUGGCGUUCCAUGUAGAUCUCUUCCAACAGUUUGUUGUAGAAGUGACUCUCCUUGUGCUGUAUCAUGUGGAACAAAGGAACCAAGAUCAGAACUCCAUUUAGCAUUAAUUGUGUGUACGUGUGUGUGUCAGUUACCUAACUGGCUAAAUUCUUAAAACCAAUAAAGAGGCAGCAUCUUUUUGUCAGUUUUCCAGCAAAAAGCUAUGGCUGGAAAAUUGAUUUAGGGGAGUUAAUAUCUACAGUUUCAUGUUCUUUUGACCAAAAGACACGUGUAUAUUAGCAUAAUGAAGUCAACUCCUGUAGUUCACAAUGUAGCACUCCAGAGGGUUAAGACUGCUAAACUCUGCUGUAGCGUAAGUCACCGAGUUUCAUGGUGAAUGAAUUAAUACCUAGCACCUUUUGAUUUGAAAAGACUUGAAUUCAAAAAGUUCUGUUAGUUAUAAGUGUAUUUGAAGAGAAUUAGCAAUCACAUAAGACUGACAAAAUGAGCCAGCUUCUUCAUUGCUGUGGAGUGUGUAGGUAUCAUUUACUGUUACAGGUCUUAAUUUACAAGUAUGUUAAAAUAGAGUUUAGUAUUUAAACUGUCUAGUUUAGACACGUUGUUAUAGUAUAUGGUUUUCAGCCAUUUAAAUGUCCUAGUAUUAGAGGGGCUCUUGAUGCAUUGUAUUUUUUCCUGUGUAUCUUAAAAUACUGAUGUUUACUUAACGGUGAAACAAUAGUGGCAGCUCCUGCAAUUUGAUUCACAGCUUGGUUUUUGACUGAUCAAACGGCGCCUUUCCAGGAUGUCCUAAUCAGGGGAAAUAAUCUGUGUCUUGUUUAAAUUAGUGAUUCUAACCACCAGAGACCCACUGAGCAUAGUUUAAUUGGUUAGCUUUCUUUCAUUUUAUAAACCUCUCCCAAAAUAUUCUGGAUCUCAUUCUGUGUUAUCUAAAAGCAGGCUGUUCUAAAAUAUAGAUGCCUUGUGAAUGCAGUUUUGGGAGGACUAUGUGAAAAUCCAGUUAAUAUUUCUCUAACAUCUUGAAACUACAGUAUCCAUGUUUUCUGCUCACUUAUGAGAGAGGAAGCUAAUGGAGGUAAAACGUGAGAUCUGUGUAUCACCCCUUUAGUCUCACUUUUCUUCACUUUCAGUUACAAAUUAGCUCCUGAUAUUGCCUGCCUGCAAAUGUUUGAUCCUUCCUCUAAACUCAUUUUAAUUAUCUGUUUGUGUAAGUAUUUAGCUAUUAUUCCUAAUUAUAUAAUUCCUAACUAGUCCCUUACUCUGCUUUGACUAGAACCUGUUUUCUUAAUGUGGAAAGUCUCCGGAAGGUUGCUAUGAGCACCUGGUCUGGGAAAAGUGCAUUUUAAAAAGCAUACUGCUUCCCUGUUCGGCCUCCUCUGGAUGCUCAUGUCCCUGGGGUGCAGACUAAUGCUUGUCACUUUGUCUUUCUAAACUAGUGGUAGAAAUCUCUAAAAUAAAACUCUGGUGCUCUGGACAUCUAGCCACUAUGGUACUAAAAUAGACUAAAAGUGGAACAAUUGAACACAUAACUACAUAGUAUGGUGUCUAAUGCCCAAACAUGGUUAUAGGACUCUAGUAAUAUCUUUUUUGAUUGAUCAGCUCUAAAUCAGUGAUUAGCUGAGUUCAUAAAUCCCAAGAGGCACUUGUUUAAACUAUUGUUUGCCACUAUUGUUAAACCUUUGAAUUUGUCCUCUAUUAUGUCCUUAUAGCUAGGCUCUGUAGGACAGUGCAGAACGAUGCUGUACGUAUCUCAGCUAGGCAGAUAUAAAGGACAUGUUUUCUGUUUCUGUGCAGAUAUUGGAUAUGUUGUGCUGACAGAGGCUUUGCCCUAUGACCAUAAAUACAUAUUUUAGCUAUAUAUGAAUGUACAUGUACUGCAGGAAGUUGUCGCACAGAUUCUUAUUUUCAAGCAAUGUUCAUUAAUUUUUUUAUUUUAAGUGAUAUUUCCAAGUUGUCCACACAAUUGAGUGAAAUUUCUCUUAUGCCAAAAAGGGUUCUUUCUCUUGAUUAUUGUAUAUUUGUUAGCGCGAUAUUUGGGAGGAGGGAGAAAUGGGUGAAAGCAAUGAAGCUUCAUUGCUUUCACCCAAUAUUGCACAGACUUGGAAGGUAUCCAAAGAUAUGUGGGGCAAGUCUUUUUAAGUUGCUGCUUGACUUUGCAUUUUUUUUUUUUCUGAUGGAAGUUAAACUUCAGACCUGAUUCUGGUCUCACUAAAGUGAGUGGACGCAUUGCCAUUAAUUACAUUGGCAGCAGGAUCAAGUCUUUGGGGUUUUGAAUCUUUUUUUUUUUUUUUUUGUAAUUCAGAAGAGAACAAUUAAUUUUGUGUGUGCGUGGUUUGAACAAAGCUAAACAUUAAAGAUGUAUGAAGUUGUGUAUGUGGAUAGGUCAGCUUUGGGUAUGGUGUAGCACAUAGAAUUGUGUAAGGCUUUGAGAUCUGCUUUCCUGGUCUGAAUUAGGAAUGCAAAAGUUUAACUGGAUAACCAAUAAGCUUGAUGCUUAUCGGUUUCAGU